CGCUUGUUUCUCUGUAGUUGCCUGCUGUAUGUGACAGCUCUUCCCUCCACCUUGUUUCCACAUAACACUGACACAGUCUGACUAAUGCACUCUUGACAUUCAGAACAUUCAGUGCCUCAUGCAGCAUCUUCACAGAGAAACCACCAGCUUGGCCAGGUAUGUCACUGAACACAAGGUUUAAAAAAAAGCACUUGCUGCUAGCCCUUUUUCUUAGCUGCAUCUUUAUAAGCUUGCAGAGGAGGCCUUUUUUUCGGCUUCUUGGCACUGGAAAGAAAUGCAACAUUACAAUUCUGCUGUGGUACUGGCCUUUCAACAUCCCCUACAGCCUGGAGGACGACGUAUGCCUGAAGAACUACAGCAUCGCUGGUUGUUGCCUGGUGGAUAAUCGCAAUCUCUAUUCCAGCGCCGACAUCGUCAUCUUCCAUCAGCAUGAGCUGAAGCUUGGCAGCCAGAAGCUUCCACUCCAUCUUCCUCGACCGCUUCACCAGAGAUGGCUCUGGUUGUCUCUGGAAGCGCCGAAAAACAACAGGGACCUAAAAGAACACGCUGGGUUCUUCAACUUGACCAUGUCUUAUCAUCCUGGUGCGGAUAUUAUGAUCCCGUACGGGAAGCUCGAAGAGAAAGAUAACAAGACUUCCAUGCCUUUUGUUAUGGCUGAAAAUAAAACCCAUUUGGUUUGUUGGGUGGUCAGUAACUAUAAGAACCAUCACAGGAGAACCAAAGUGUACAAAGAGCUUAGUAAACUCGUCCCCGUGCAGGUGUACGGCCGCGCUGUGAGGAAACCAGUGAAUCAAGGUGCACUGCUGCCUACGAUUUCCCGUUGUUAUUUUUACCUUGCUUUUGAGAACACGGAGUGCCCCCACUACAUCACUGAGAAGCUGUGGCGAAACUCUUUCAUGGCUGGAACGGUGCCCAUAGUGUUGGGUCCACCGCGAAGUCACUACGAGGCUGUCGCGCCACCACAUUCGUUCAUCCACGUGGAUGACUUUGACUCCAUAGCAAGCCUGGCCAGAUUCCUGACAGAACUAGCUAAAGACGUACGACUCUACAAGUCGUACUUCUCCUGGCAUGAAAAGUACACUGUGAAACUAUACACAGAUUGGAGAGAGAGACUUUGUAACAUCUGUGACAGUUAUUACAAACUUCCUUAUCACAAGAUAUACCAUGACUUUGGGCAUGACUUAGAUGUUGCUUUAAAGAGAAAUGUCACCAACGCGAGCCGUUAUAGCUAAAAAAAAACGGCUAUAAAAAAAGUCUAGUAGUAGUAGUAGUGCUGAUUGUUUCAUUUACACUUGAAAAAUUAAAAAUAAAACACAUUUGCAAAAGCACAAGAGAAAUUUGUCUACCGUCUUUAACCACGAGCACAAGCUCCAGU